AUGACUCUGUUCUGUGACAACUGCGAGUCAGACGUCGACGAAUGUAUACAUCACCCAUCUCAACAAACUGAAGAAAGAACCCCUCCAAGGACUGGAAGGGAGCACUCCACCAAAAAUCCACUCAUUAACCCGACUUCAGGUGCCAACAAAAAACGCCGAACCAUUGGUGGUGGUCAAAACAGACAGUACAGUGCUCCAGAUACUCCUAGCCAUCGGAAGGGACCAUCAUCUAGAAACCAAGAGGACGAAAACUCUCCAGCCAGAUCAAGAGCUAGCCCGACACCAACGUCCAGCCUUGUUCUAGCUCCAUACACACCAAAUAGGGACAACACCCCAACGCACAUGCCAAAUAACCCACAAAAACUAACCCAAGGCCCCCCUGCUCCCUCAAAGCCAGGAGACUACAAUAUGCUAGAUGGAACAGCACAAAGCCAGUCGACCCCGAGACCAAUCCUGUCCCUCGAGGACUUUACAAGUAUCCCUCCUUUCAAAGCCCAGGAGUUCCCAUACCGCAAUACUCCUGCUCUCUCCCUUAACAACCUCCCGGAUAACAUCAAACUUGAGGGCCUCAGCGGCGCCAUGCUGAACACUGGAAACUUCCCCAGAUUUGUCGUGGCAAAGGAACAGUUGAUGAAAAACAUCCCACCCUCCCAACUAGCUUACCUCAAGUUAGACGAUCCCUCGACACUCGCAAUAUUCUUCUUUGGCGGUGGCAGCCAACUCUUCGAGGCGGCUCCGAAUAUCUUGAGUGCUACAGUCGCCUCGAAAAUCCAGAACCUCAUCCCCGUCGAAAAUGUACACAUCAUUAGACCAUAUGCACGCGACCACAGGAUAGCCGCUAGAAACAAGUAUGGCCCAUCAUGUUUCGGUUUUGUAACCACCGACAACGAAGACUUCUCCAGAGCCCUCGCUUCCAUCCAAACCCUCAUCUACGACGAAACCCUCGCUUUCCACAUGAUCCGUGUCGCAGACACCCAAUUCUCAUGGAUCGUUGGAGUGUAUGAGUGCCAACAAUUCCCCGACGACGGUACAGACCGUAUGCGUGAUCUCUUUAGGUAUGGGAUGUAUACUUCUCUCAUCAAGGAUGAGAAAUUUCGUAAUGAGACCAACAUUGCAAUGCCAAACGACACCCGCUCCUUGGAUGAAAGGGUCUUCGAACAGCUCCUAUCGAUUGACGCUCGCUUCACAUCCUGCGACAAUGGAGGGAAGAAAAGAUGGCUUGUGUCAAUGUGCCCCUGCACUGACAACUAUCAGCACUGGCACAUGCUCCGUGACAUCGUCCGAAACAAGGACUAUCUUGGGGGACCGUACCUCUUCACCCUAUGGGAGGCAUAUAAAAACCGAAGACCAUCCGAUGCACGAACUGCGGGUCCAAAGUCAGGAGGUACCAGCCUCAUCGACAAAAUCGAAAACAAGAACUGCUCUGCUGCAGAAGCAUGGAAGAAGAUCAUCGACCGCCCAUGUAACCAGAAGGACAAUGUUGAACAGGCGUCGGGUUGGGAAAGCGAAGAGUUUCUGGAGAAGGAGGACAAGAAACUCAGCCGUACCCAGCCAACACCCGACAACAGGAACAGAGGGAGAGGGAGAGCCGGCAGGCGAGGGAGAAAAUUUUAG